AUGGCAGAUGGAUCUCGAACCGAAGCUGAACAACUGAACAAGAGCACCAAGGAGAAUUCCGGAGAAGAGUCCACUGGAGAAAGAAAUGAACAAGAGCUUCCGCAAAACGAAAAUAGUGAGACGUGGAAGAUUCAUAGGAAUGAAAUCAGCUCAUCUGAAGCCACAGAAGUUGGGCUUUUCGACUUCAACAACGACUAUCGUGCAGGUUAUAUUGAUGGUCUUGAAGCAAGGAGGGGUCGAAACUACGACAUUAAGGGCAAUAAAAUCCAUUCAAACAAAGGCCAGCGUGUGGGGAUUGGCAAAUUUGGCAACAACUACUCCAUGUCGAACGGAUCAUUCUUUCUUGGUGGGCUUAUUAUUCUAGUUUUUGCUAUAUAUAAUAUAUAUAGCGAAGCUAGCGGUACGAACAAGAAGAAAAUAUAA